AUGGUGAUGAAGAUGGUGGUGGUGGUGAUGAUGAUGGUGAUGAUGAUGUAUCUUGCAGAGGUCUUCCCCUCGUGGCACUCUCAGCCUGGGGCCUCAGAGCUGGAGGAGGUGGGAUACCUGCUGCUGUCGCUGCACCGACUGCAGCGGGAGGAGGAGGGAGUGGAGCUGCUGCACUGGCUCCUGCUGCAGCAGAACGGACGAGGAGGCUACGGGAGCACACAGGACACCGUGGUGGCGCUGCAUGCUCUGGCUCUGUAUGCAGCUUUAGGUUCUGAACUGAAAACAGAUCUGAGAGUGACCAUGAACCAUGGGACCCAAAUCAGAAAACACUUUAACUUCACAUCAGAGAACCAGCACCAGGUGUACCGGACCUCAAGGAAAGGUGGAUGUUUGUCCAGUUUUGCUUCUGUUGAGGCAGAGGGUCAAGGACUGCUGCUGUUCCAGGUGCACGUGGAGUAUAACGAGCGUCCUGAUUGGUUGCGGAGGAGGAAGCGUUUCUCAGAUUUGGACGAAGAUUUUUAUCUUCAUGUGAAAACGUCUGAAUCCACGAUCCACAAGGACCUGAACCUUAGCGUGUGUUUCAGAUUACCUGGCUCCUCUGGGACCUCCUCUGGGGCCUCCUCUCGGAACUCCACUGGGAUGGCCCUCCUCCAGGUCCAGGUCCUUACUGGGUUUUCGCUCAGACCUCAGACCAGUUUUAAUCCAGAACUAGUGAAGAAGGUGGAGACCCACAGCGGAGACCUCGUUUUCUACUUGGACUCGGUGACUAUGGAGCUGCAGUGUUUGAGGAUUCCUCUGACUCCCCCAUCAUCCCCUCCCCCUCCACCAAAGACUCCCUCAUCAUCCCCUCCACCAAAGACUCCCCCAUCAUCCCCUCCCCCUCCACCAAAGACUCCCUCAUCAUCCCCUCCCCCUCCACCAAAGACUCCCCCAUCAUCCCCCCUCCACCAAAGACUCCCCCAUCAUCCCCUCCCCCUCCACCAAAGACUCCCCCAUCAUCCCCUCCCCCUCCACCAAAGACUCCCCCAUCAUCCCCCCUCCACCAAAGACUCCCCCAUCAUCCCCUCCCCCUCCACCAAAGACUCCCCCAUCAUCCCCUCCCCCUCCACCAAAGACUCCCUCAUCAUCCCCUCCCCUCCACCAAAGACUCCCUCAUCAUCCCCUCCCCCUCCACCAAAGACUCCCCCAUCAUCCCCUCCCCCUCCACCAAAGACUCCCCCAUCAUCCCCUCCCCCUCCACCAAAGACUCCCCCAUCAUCCCCUCCCCCUCCACCAAAGACUCCCCCAUCAUCCCCUCCCCCUCCACCAAAGACUCCCUCAUCAUCCCCUCCCCCUCCACCAAAGACUCCCCCAUCAUCCCCCCUCCACCAAAGACUCCCCCAUCAUCCCCUCCCCCUCCACCAAAGACUCCCUCAUCAUCCCCUCCCCCUCCACCAAAGACUCCCCCAUCAUCCCCCCUCCACCAAAGACUCCCCCAUCAUCCCCUCCCCCUCCACCAAAGACUCCCUCAUCAUCCCCUUCCCCUCCACCAAAGACUCCCUCAUCAUCCCCUUCCCCUCCACCAAAGACUCUCCCAUCAUCCCCUCCCCCUCCACCAAAGACUCCCCCAUCAUCCCCUCCCCCUCCACCAAAGACUCCCUCAUCAUCCCCUCCCCCUCCACCAAAGACUCCCCCAUCAUCCCCUCCCCCUCCACCAAAGACUCCCCCAUCAUCCCCUCCCCCUCCACCAAAGACUCCCCCAUCAUCCCCUCCCCCUCCACCAAAGACUCCCUCAUCAUCCCCUCCCCCUCCACCAAAGACUCCCCCAUCAUCCCCUCCCCCUCCACCAAAGACUCCCCCAUCAUCCCCUCCCCCGCCACCAAAGACUCCCUCAUCAUUGCACUACUUAUUGAUUUUCUUGUCUGUAGCAGCAGAACCCUGCCAACCUCUGACCCCAGCCGGGUGACCUCUGACCCCAGCCGGGUGACCUCUGACCCCAGCCAGGUGACCUCUGACCCCAGCCCUGUGACUUCUGAUCCCAGCCCUGUGACCUCUGACCUUUACAACCACUACUACGACCACUACUACGACCACUACUACGAGCAUUACGAUGACUACCAUCACAUGGAUCAUCACUAUUAUGGUGUGGACCACCACCACGGGCAUCAGCGUAGAGCCGAAGACUUCAACCACACUUACGAUGACUACUACGGCGACCACUACAACGACCACUACGGCGACCACUACAACGACCACUACGGCGACCACUACAACGACCACUACAACGACCACUACAACGACCACUAUAACGACCACUACGGCGACCACUACAACGACUACAACGACCACUACGACGACUCAGACCAUGUGUUUGCAAGAGCUGAGUCUCUUGCUCUCUGGCUCCCCCUACUGGCUCUGCUCACUUUGGGGAGUGUGCUGACCUCAUUCUCAGGUGAGGGCUGCGAUUGGCUGAAGAUGACGCAUUUGUGGGCAGGUCUUGUGGUCCUUCUGCUGCUCUCAUUGGCUCAUGCUCAGGAAGAGGAGCCGCUCCCAGGUCACAGUUCCAGGGCAUCUAGCUUAAAGCCCCCGCUGACACGGUCUCCCAAAAACAGCAAGAUUUACCGCAUCCAUAACCCCAGGAGGAGAAGAGAGGAGAAAGGAGAACAGAGGAAAGAUAAGCGAGGGGUAGAGCAAAGAGAAUGGAGGAGAGAGGAGGUGCAAGAAGAGAAGAUAGAAGAGGAGAGAAGGAGAGAAGAGGAGAGACAAGGAGAAAGGAGAGAAGAGGAGGAGCAAGGAAGAGGAGCAAGGAAGAGGAGCGAGGAAGAGGAGCAAGGAAGAGGAGCAAGGAGUGAAGAGGAGCAGCGUCCGCGUCUCCUCCUGCUGGCUGCGUCUCCUCCUGCUGGCUGCGUCUCCUCCUGCUGGCUGCGUCUCCUCCUGCUGGCUUCGUCUCCUCCUGCUGGCUUCGUCUCCUCCUGCUGGCUGCGUCUCCUCCUGCUGGCUGCGUCUCCUCCUACUGUCUGCAUCUCCUGCUUCUGGCUCUCGCUGUGA